AUGGUAGAGCAACCCGCAAAUGUGGAUGCCGCCGUGAAUACCCCAGUUGUGGUUGAUUCAAACGAUGAUGGAACAGUCGCCCAGGAACUGGAAUUAGAGCAUAUGAGGAGUACAUUGGAAGAGGCGAUUGUGGAAACGCGCAGUACACCUCUCGAAAAUCGACCGCGACUUCCCCGCAUAGCCCUAAGCAAGCGGAAUCGGGCUGUCGUGAGGGCUCUGAACCCAAUGCUGGUGACCUAUUUGGAAGCCAGCCGGGACCUUUGCGAGACGGACUCAAAUUCUUUUGGCGCCACGCUGGCAGUCUGCCGUAUCAUAGGCGCCAAGGUUUCCACGGCUGGACGCUCUACUGGCCAUAGUAGCGCUAUCCCAGCAUGGAGAAGAAGAAUAGAUGAUCUGAAGCAGAGAAUCGCUGCUUGGGGAAAGCGGAUUCGGCGAUAUACCGAGAGGUCAACACGGUUCAAUCAGAAUCGUCUCUUCCAGAGAGAUCAGAAGAGGCUCUAUGAAUCAUUGGAGCGACCAAUGGUAAGUGGAACGGGUUCAGCACCGAAUCAGGCCGACACUGUAGCAUUCUGGCGCGGCCUGUGGUCAGAGCCCGUAAACCACAGCGAGAGCCCUUGGACGGAAGUUGUGGCGAGUCAGUGUGCGGGUAUUACGCCCAUGGACCCCGUCAUCAUAACGCCGGAUGACGUAGCUGAGGCGGUCCGUAGGGCCCCGAACUGGAAAAGUCCGGGGCUUGACGGGCUGCAUCACUACUGGCUGAAGGGGUUCAUGUCACGGGUUUAUAACUUGUUUGAUGAAAUUUCAUAUUUUCAAGAAACCUUUAAACCGGCAUCGAACGGUUUCAUAGUUUGUCAUGUUGACUGUCUCGGAGAAAGUUUUGUAAAACUGGCGCUAGAUGACGCCUCUAAAAAUUUUACUUAG